GCAUGUUUUGGGAAGUACAAAUUUCUGCUGUGUCCUAAUUGGUCUAUAAAAUAAUGGAAAUGCCAUAUUUUUUUUUAACACAAGAUUUUGAAUGUUCUCUGUUGAAAUAAAGAAGUAAAGUUAUACCUUGUCAAGAAUACAUAUUUCCUCAUUUUUUUUCAGCAUCUGAAUGUAGGGAGUGGCUCUUGCACUAUUCCAUCCCUGUAUUACACGAACUUCAAGACCAAAACAUUGCAGUUCAUUAUAGUUCAUUGUUGGUUUCUGCUUUGUUCCUGCUGAACAAGGAUUCUAUUUCCAGAGAUGAAAUCAACGAUGCCAAGGACUACAUUGAUACAUUCUGCAGUUUGUAUCCUACAUUUUACAACCCUGAAAAGCAGACCAUGAACAUCCACAUGCUGAAACAUCUGCCAGAAUUUGUCCUUCUUCAUGGUCCGCUUUUCCAUUACUCCUGUUUUGGAUUCGAAUCUAUGAACAACCAUCUCAAAAAUAUGAUACAUGGAACCCGUUUUGUCAAUGACCAAAUAAGCUUUGCAGUGGGAAUGAGCAAAUGUCUACCGGACUUGGUUAAGUCUGAAAUGAAAAAUUGUGGCCUGGAAGUAAAAUCUUUACUGCAGCUCUUAAGCACAAACCUUGAAAGCGAGUACACUGAAAACAGAGAACAUGUUCUUGGUGCUCUGAGAAAUUACACCUUGACAAGAAAGGAGAGGAAUUUAUUUGGAGAAGAUCCAGGACAUGUACUUAAAGCACACAGGGUUGCUUCCAAAAUUGGGACCAUUGAUUGUGAAGAAUACAAGAGGAGUCACAACAAGAACUCGCACAUCAUACAUUAUUAUCCAGAGAAAUAUGGCAGUGUCAAAUAUUUCUUAAAAACAGAAAAUGGUUUGGUUGCUGUUGUCAAUAGAUUUGAGGUAGAGCAGACAAUAUUGCUUGCCUUCAGCAGCAUAGACGAUGCUGCUCUAAAACAGAAUGAACUCAAAAUUUUGCCACAAUACAAACAAGUGGCUGAGAAUAGUAGGAGUUAGUUCCUGUUAGAAACAUUAUCUGUAAAUGCAUCCUCGUCAAAUGUCUACCAAACAAAAAACUUAUUUCCAUUCCAUCUAACAUGCUUGAACACAACUAAGUUGCAUCUGUAUUACAUUGAAUUAUUACUUAGAAACUUGAAAA